AACCUUAUGUAUAUUCUGAACUAAUUACUUACGGAGAUAAACCACCUCCACUAGCAGUUCAUACGGCUAAUUUAUAUCAGAAUUAUCUUAUUGUUGCAUUCGGUAAUAUUACUAAUGAUUUAGUACCACCAGUUGACCUCAACCCUCUCAUUUAUAUAUUAGAUAUUCCAUGCAAAACAUGGGUAACUACCUUUACACCUGGUAAAUCAAUCUGUAGCAUUGAACCUAAUAUUACCAACGGAUUAACUAUUGGCAUAGUCGUUGGCAUUAUUAUUGCUUGUUGUUUUGUCCUUGUUGCUAUUAUUCUUUUUAUUUUAUGGAAACUUGAAGUUGUAAGAUUUAGUAGUUUACGUAAUACUAACCCUCCACCCCCUCCACCCCCUCAACGCCCUGA